GAGAGUCGGGAGGUUUGGGACGGUUGGAGGAAUGGGACAGCUCGUUUAUCUCUCCAGGAGUUAGUUCAAACACGUUCAUCGGCUGCUCACGAGGUGGCGCUAGCAUACCGAUAGCCUGGCUGUAAUGGUGGCCGUCUUCACCGGACGGAGCUUUCUUUGACUACAACUCUCGUUUUUCACGUGUCAAAAGAAGAUGCCGCGGGUUUACAAGAGGAAGCAUCCCGACAGAGCUCAAACAUCGAACAAUUUGAUCCUGGAUGCUGUGAGAUUGGUGUGCGAUGAAAAGAAAAGUAUAAGAGACGUAGCAGAAGCUUUUGAAAUAUCAAAAUCAUUGCUUGGCCGAGCAGUGAAGAAGUACAGAGAAUGCGGUGACACAGGUGGCAUCAUGUUCAAGUCCAAUUUGGUCUGCGGAAUGGUCUUCACAACAGAAGAUGAAGUACUCUUGAAAGAAUAUUUGCUGAAAGCAAGCAAAAUGCAUUAUGGGCUUACGAGAAUGCAAGUUCGUUCACUGGCGUACGAGUUUGCAACAGCCUUAAAGAGGAAGUGCCCGGCGUCAUGGGAACAGAAGAAGGUAGCUGGAAGAGACUGGUUUAUGGGCUUUAUGGACCGACAUCCCGAGCUAUCGCUUCGAUCGCCAGAAGCGACCAGUCUGGGUCGGGCAACAAGCUUCAAUAAGAACAACGUCGAUGCUUUCCUUUCAAACCUGAAAAGUGUCUACGACCGAUACAAGCUAACUCCGGACCGCAUCUACAAUUGUGAUGAAACGGGCUUCACAACUGCACACAACCCACCAAAGGUAGUAGCAGCACGUGGGGAAAAGCAAAUCGGUCAGGUUACAUCCGCAGAACGCGGCGAACUGGUGACUGUUUUGUGCACUGUCAAUGCCAUCGGAAACGCCCUGCCACCAGUGUUCAUUUUCCCACGCGUGAGGUUUAAAGAUUUUUUUCUGAAAGGCGCCCCGGCAGGAAGCCUCGGUUUGGCAAGCAAGUCGGGCUGGAUGUCGAGCGAACUGUUUUUGCUGGCGUUAGAGCACACUGUGAGACAUACGAAGUGCUCGAAGGAGGAGCCAAUUCUCUUGAUACUCGACAAUCAUGAAAGCCAUGUGAGCAUCAACACCAUCAACAAGGCCAAAGAGAGCGGAGUCAUCCUGCUGACCUUUCCCCCACACUGUAGCCACCGCCUGCAGCCACUUGAUGUGUCCGUGUACGGACCAUUUAAAUCUCGGUACAACGCUGCUUGCAAUGAUUGGCUCAUAAAUAACCCCGGGAAGACCAUCUCCAUCCACAAUGUUGCACAACUAGUUGGAUCCGCCUACGUAUUAACGGUGACACAAAAGAACAUAAUCUCGGGCUUUCAGAAAACUGGAAUUUGGCCUUUCAAUAGCGAGCCCUUCACUUCGGAUGACUACAUGAUGUCAUCAGUCACUGACAGACCCUUAACGUCCGUAAGCUGAGAAGUGUCACGACAGACGGCCACCACCACCGAGAAAACGGACAGCGCAAGCAGACUGGAAAGUGAUUUGAA